AUGUGGCGGUUGGCUAACCAAAAGAAGCCCAUUCAUAAACGGCGGGUCGCUUUGCUGCGGUCGACCGGAAAGGCCGCCGAGGCUGUGGCCGGCCUGACUGCGCUGCUCGACUUUUCGCCCACGGACGCCGAGGCCUGGGCCGAGCUGGCCGACGUCUACCUCGAGCAGGGGCUCUACGCCCAGUCCGUCUAUGCGCUCGAGGAGGUGCUCCUGCUGUCGCCGAAUGCGUGGAACAUCCACGCGCGGCUCGGCGAGAUUGAGUACAUGGCAGCGUCGACGGCCGCCGGCGGCAGCGAUGCGGCCACACAAAAGUACGCGGCCGAGUCGCUCAAGCGGUUCUGCCGGAGCAUCGAGCUGUGCGACGACUACCUGCGGGGCUUCUACGGCCUCAAGCUGGUGACGUCGUUUGUGCUCAAGAACGCGGGCAAGUGGCCCAGGCAGAAGAACGACAGCGCCCACAGCAGCAGCCGUGACGGCGCAGAAGACUUUGCGCUGCCGGACACGGCGACCGUGGAGCGUCUGGGGCAGCUGGCAACGGAGAAGCUCUCGGAGAUUGUGCGGCGGUACACGGCCAAGGAGGCGCACUGGAGCGGAUACGACGAGGCCGAGAUCGCAGCAGCACGGGAACUGCUGGCUGGUGAGCCGGCAGCUGUUGUACGAUAG